UAUACGAGCUGACGUGGAAAAGAGAAGAAAGUUGUAGAACUCAUUAUUUUGAAUUGAUAUUCACACUCGGAUGCUGGAUGGGGAAUGAGAGGAAUGGUGAUAAAAGAUAAAAUUGAUCGCAUGGCAAUUCCAUUGGACAAUGGACACCCCCGGGAUCAUAUCAGCCUUUAUCGGAGCUCCCAUCGCGGAUCUGCGGUUCUAGCCAGUGUUCAUCUAUCCGUAAUCCGUUCCCUGUUUCGUUGGCAACCAAUUGAUCCGUUUCAUAUCUCUCUCUUUUCCGGAAUUUGAAGGUUGAAUUGCUCGAAGGCCUGCGAGCAUCCCCUUUGUUUUGUGCGAAGGGCAAGGGGUUGGGAAUCUGCCAUGCAGGGCUAGAGGUGACACUAGGCCAUCAGGAUCGAGGUUUUAUAUUGUCUAUUGAGCCCGACCUCGAAGAUGCAGACCCUCCGCCAAUAUGCCCGCUUCCCCUACCGCGCCGGCCUAGCCUUCGCCACGGGCAUCCUGAUCAAUGAAAAACUCGCCAGCCCGCUCGCCAUCGAGGGCAGCUCCAUGCACCCGGCGCUGAGCCCCGACUACCACGCGACGGGCCGCAAAGACCGCGUCGUCUUCACCAAAUGGGGCGCCGCGCACGAUCUGAAGCGUGGCGACGUGAUUGCGUUCUGGACGCCCCACGAUCCGGAAAAGAUCGGGGUCAAGCGAGUGGUGGCCGUGGCAGGCGAUACGGUGGUUCCUAGGAGCGACAAAUAUCCGUUGCGGGAGGAGGUGGUUCCGUUUAAUCAUGUCUGGGUUGAGGGGGAUAAUGAGCGGGAUACCAAGGAUAGUAAUGACUACGGACCCAUAUCGAAAGCCUUGAUUCAUGGGAAGGCGUCGUACAUCGUUUGGCCGUUUGUUCGAUUUGGUCCGGUUGAGAGUAUCCAUGCCAAGUCGCAGUCGAAGAUCCGAGAAACUCCAACGGCAAUGGUUGUGCCGGAAGAGUACUUAUGAGUUAGUCGCCUUGACGCUGUCCGCGAUGAUCGUCGUACUGCGAUUGGAUGGCGCUCCUGUCCUAAGACGAUCGAAGGGAACAUCGUAGGAGGACUACUGGGAACCUCCAUGGCGAAGUCAGGCGGACAAAUCCGUCUAACAUAUGAGAGUGACUUCAUGGGCUCUACGAGAUGGGGUCUGCGCCGCGAGGUCUACCACCUGAACUUCGACCUUAGAAAGUUGUUUAUCCAGGUCCAGCACCGAACCCUAGCCGUCGUCCCAAAGAAUAUGACAAGCAGACGAGAAGCCUGCCUCAAGAGCGGGCAUCUGCUGCGUACCUAUUUAGGUCUCAAGUCGGUGCCGCGUAGUAGGACGAUCGACCAACGUCUAACUUCAGCGGCGCGUCAUUGAUUGUAAAUAGCAACUAGACAUGUACAGAACCAAUCAAUAAAUAUCAUUCCUAC